GUCAAAACUGCUUACCCUCUUUAUUUAUGACCACGUUUGCCGUCCUUUCACGACACAUAUGUGGCACUUAAAAGACGCAAAAGCACCGCGGGUCGUUUGUGUCUCCCGAAACUCCGUGGCAGCCGCGGCGUUUGUUUGAAUUAGCUUUAGAGUGCUAGCUGUAAACAAAGAGACGCGGAAGUUAGCCACGCAUGCUAAAAGCAGUCGGUCGGCGGCGGCGGCAGCAGCGGCACCGUGUUGAAAAUGUGUCAAGUCCCAAUGCUUCGAGGGUUGGUGACUUAACAAUGCCGUUGAGGAGAUAUUUGUAGCGCUGGAAAGAACGUUGACAGAGUACGAGCUGUGUUGAACAAAAGAGAAGAACCAGCCCCAACGCAAACGACCAGACUUCGCUUUUCAGGGUUCGAUCACCAGCGGCAGCAAAUCUUGCUGCCGGGCAGGAGUGGAGCUCCAUGAUGGAGCAGAAGGAGUCCAACCUUCCCCAGAUCAAAGUGGAGUUGGAGGAGGACAUGCGUAGCAGUCAAAAGGCCGAGCAACAGGAGGAGCGCGUCGACGCUGCCAAGUUCCAGGUGACCAGCGUGAUUGUCAAGAGCGAAGAAGACGAGGAAAGCCACGACCAGUCGCCCGUGGAGAAUGGCGAGGCCCACGCGGACGUAGACCCCCGCGUGGGAGCGCAACAUCACAACCGUUUGGCUCGUGUCACUCGCUCGCAGCGAGCCACGUUGGACUUUCUUGCCGCGAAGACCGCAGCUGAUGUGAUGACGACCGGGAGCAGAUUCUCGGGCUUCAACGGCGCGCGACGCGAGCGCCACCCAAGCGGGAAGCCAUUCGUCUGCCCGUUUUGCUGCAAAACCUUCAACCAGCGUGUCCACUUGUCCCGCCACUUAAGCGUCCACACGGGCGACAAACCCUUCCACUGCACCAUUUGCAGCAAAAUGUUUGCCACCAGGGACCGCUUGCGCUCCCACACCAGGAUCCACACCGGAGAGAAACCGUUCAGCUGCCCGGUUUGUGGCAAGCGCUUCUUCCACCGCUCGCAUUUAGUCAAACACUCGCACAUUCACACGGGCGUGAAACCCUUUUCUUGCCUGUUUUGCGGCAAACGCUUCUACUCCAACGGUGAUCUGAUCAAACACACGCGGACGCACACCGGAGAAAAACCCUUCACCUGCUCCGUUUGCAACGCCAGCUUCAGCGACAGCUCCACGCUGGGGAAGCACAAGCGCCGACACACGGGCGAGAAACCCUUCAGCUGCAGCGUGUGUGACAAACGCUUCCCCUUUAAGUUCCAGGUGAAGAAGCACAAAUGUGUUGGGGAGAACAGCAGCACCAAGUGAACUCGCGAAGAUGAUUACUCCUACCACUACCAUUCUUCCUUCCGGCAUAUAUUUUGUAUGUUGUGGUUGUGAUUAGUGAAAGGGGUGUCCAAAAUCUGGCAUAUACCAAGAAUAACAUUUGACACGGCCUGCAACACACACACACCUGCAUGCUGUAUGUGUAUGCAUGCAAUACAAGUAUAACCUGGCCGACAGGGACAAUAAAGCAAGUUCUUGGUAUACAUUCCUCCGAUGCGAUUUAUCGUUAGCAUCCCACUAUAUUGCAAUUCUGGUUUAAUUGCAAUUGUUUUUUUUUUUUUUAAAUAAAUUAAUGGGUUUAUACUGUAACACAUAGUGGAAUGACAUUGCAUGCGGGAAAGGAGAGCCACAGCCAGCUAUCAGCUGUUGAUCAAACGCUGAUAGUAACACACAAGCACACCCGCACCUGAGCUGCUUUGAGCCACAGCUCACGUCCAGACACUUACGUGCAGACUCGCUGAUGUCGCACGCCACCCCACCUAGACCCGCCUCUUAAAGCCACAUGCAGGUGCACAGGCACUACCAUACACAGCAUUUUCUACAGAUUUUACACUUACAUUUUGUGUAUAAAAUUGUUUCCAGUUUGUCUAAAAGGUGUUUUUUUGAGAAGUCUAAAUGUUUUAGUUUUUUUUUUUUGGGGGGGGGGGUGCUGAAUGUAGCAUACUGUAAAGGAAUUUGUAAACGGAGUGAUGAAGUCAUCCAAAAGCACUCGGCAAAAUCUUACUGGACUUUGAAACUGUGAUGGGUGGUUUUUAACCUCAUUUUAAUGGACAUUACUGUCACCAAGUGGACUGAAGUCGAACAUUUUUGGUCACAAGAGGACCGAUGUAAAAAUGACUUUUAAAAAAAUACCCUGUACCCUGAAAAAAAUGUGUGUCUGGAGUGCCUGCCACCCAGCAAGUGUGAAAUUAAACAACCGAGUGGUCUGCCUAUUUCUGACAAUGUGUGUACGCGAGUGAGCAGUCUUAGCUUUUGCCGAAUUCUGACAUCACAGUGGGGCUAAUUAGCAUAAUAACCACAACUUUCUUACCCAGUCAGAUGAUCGGGUAAGGUGGCCGCAUACCCGGAGCGAAAGAAGCACUUUGGUCGCGGCAUCUGAAAGCACCGUUUUGUCAAAGCCGAAAGGCAAGCAGAGCUGCGGAGUGAGCACAUAUUAAUAAGCAUGAUGUUCUCACAGUGUUGUCAUCAUGUUGUGUUUAUGUUCUGAACGUGGUUCAUUAAAAUGCACAGUGUAUUAUUUUUUUCUAUUGUUUGCCCAGUCCUGGUACGGACAGUGCGUCCAGAGCAGAAAUUCAUGGACAGGUCUUUAUAUAUUUGUGCCAAGGAUUAAGAUCUAACAGCAACGGAAAUGUAAAAUAAGAA